AUAUUUUUAGUAAUUUAAAUUAAUGAAUUAAAUUGUUGAGGUAAUCUUGUUACCCCUGGCAGGGAUGUGGGUGGGCGUGAUACUCCUGAUGGCUGUGGUGGAGGUGCGCUCGAACUUUGAGUACAACAACUAUUACGACCAGGCGCCUGAUGAGAACGCUGGACGUGACCUGUACGAGUUCUACGGUGAGAUGCACACGGAAGUGACGCCGAUGAUAGAUACCACCUCUAUUAGAUUCACAAGGAUCCGAAGAUUCGGAGAACGCAUCUCGAGUAGUACGACGCCUGUAGACUUACGGUACAUCAAAGGUGCUUUGAAGGAGAUCCUCGCUGGACAUGAACUGGACGGUGUGAACGACGAGCCAGCGGACAUAAUAGAAUUAAAUGAAGACGAGGAGUUGACUACCGCACGCACGAACAUGCUGACAUCUACACUUUCAACAGAGACAUACACAUUCCCUCCAUUUGAAUGGACGACAUUUGACGAUUAUAGAAGACAGGGAGAAAAUGGUACAAUGCCUACAGACCAUAGCUUCGACUACACUAGCCCAACCGACGAUUAUCCGCUUGAAUCUGAAACUCCGAGCCCUUCAGAUACAACUGUAACUACAGAUAGGCUUACCAGCAAAUACAGAACCGAUUGGACUUUUUCAGAUCCGCUGACACAAUCAACCACGAAAAAGACAAGAUAUACUGGCCCCACUCGGCCGCGACCUAAACUCAACUUGACUGGCGACAACUUGGACAUCAAUGCGAUCUUAGGCAUCCUAGCGAACCUGACAUACGACUACGAGUGGAACCUCACCGAGGAAUUUAACCGGACGCUCAUAGAGUCAGGCGUACCGAAGUGUCCUACGCCCUCCGAACCAACCACUACAGCCACCACGCCCGCCAUCUACGACUUCUCUAGAUCCCCCGUCGUCAGCAAGUGCUUCGUCUGCGGGCUGACGACCACGGAGAUCCCGCGCAGCGCGCACUGUGCUGAUGCGUUCGGCGGAGACUUCUUGCCGCUGGCGCCCGUCGACGCUCGCUCCCGAAGCCACAUCGCGUCCUUCAGGAAGUAUUGCAGACGCAUGGACGUACACAACUUCGUGGUGAACCCGUCGGAGCCACGCUCCAUCUACGGGCGGUUCACAGGCGGCUGCGCAGUCCGCUGGACGGACCUCUCGGGCGUGUACACGCAGCGCACCUGCCGCGCCAAGUUCCGGCCACUGCUGGGCAAGCACUUCGGCAGCAAGCGGCUGGCCAAGCUGGAGCUGGCGCUCAUCAACGUGAGGAACGGCUGCAUCGCCAGCCCGAUGGCGACUCUGCUGCCGCUGUCGCGCGGCAUUUCGCUGUACGCGCGCUUCCACGCGUGCGUCUGCACGGGCAACUGGUGCAACCGCGCGCCGCCCGCGCCCGCGCCGCCGCCGCACCGCCUGCUCCUCGCACUCUACGCGCUGCUACUCUAUGCUGCCACACUUGCCUACAUGUCAGAUUAGGAC